CUGUGUAGGCGGCCGCUCUCAUUGGAUAUACACGCGGAAGUGACGAGAACACUUCUGCUAAUAACAACAUCAAGAAGCGUGUUGUCUCUUCCAUUUAUAUAUUUUGUUUUGUGAGCAUUUAAAAACUGACAUGGCUCUGCCGCCCCAGCUCAAGGCCAUCCAGCACUACCUGCGGACCGCUCAGGAGCAUGAGAAACGGGACCCGGUCGUGGCUUACUACUGUCGGCUCUAUGCUAUGCAGACGGGCAUGAAGCUGGACAGUAAAACACCAGAGUGCCGAAAGUUCCUGGUCAAACUCAUGGACCAGCUGGAGACGAUGAAGAAGGAUCUGAGUGACAAUGAAUCCAUCACUCAGGAGGUGGUUGGUAACGCCCACCUUGAAAACUACGCCUUAAAGAUGUUCCUCUACGCCGACAACGAGGACCGAGCAGGACAGUUCCACAAGAACAUGGUCAAGUCUUUCUACACUUCCAGUCUGCUGCUGGAUGUCAUCUCGGUGUUUGGGGAGUUGUCAGAGGAGAACAUUCAGCACCGGAAGUAUGCCCGCUGGAAGGCCACCUACAUCCACAACUGUCUGAAGAAUGGGGAGACGCCGCAGCCUGGGCCCAUCGCCAUGGACGAGGACGGGGAAGCAGAUGACUUUGGAGGUGAAGGCUUCUCAGGCCUGGGCCCCUUCCACGGGGCUUCCUUCAGGGGAGGGUCCUUCAGGGAUCCUUCUGUCCAGUCCCAUGAGGACCAGAGUUUGGGUCCGGGUCCCGCUCCAGGCAUUGGCUUUACCCCUGGUCCAGGAUUGGGACCAUCGGCUCCCCCCACCACCAACUACAACAACAUCCACAUCCCACCAGGGGCCCACGCACCGGCCAAUACUCCAGCUGAGCUGCCCCCACCCACAGAUGCAGCUAAACCAGUGCCUAUGCCCCGAUCGGUGCCCGCUGUUGACCCCACACUGUUCGAUGCCCAGCAGCAGGGUGGAGUUCAUCUUACCCCAGAGGACUUCACCAAGGCCCAGAAGUACUGCAAGUACGCCGGCAGCGCCAUGCAGUACGAAGACGUCGGCACGGCCAUCCAGAACCUCCAGAAAGCCCUGAAACUCCUCACCACCGGCAAAGAAUGAAGUCUUUGUCCUCCAGGCUGAC